AUGGCACCUCUCACAGCAUCUGCGUCUGCGUCUGCGUCUGCGUCUGCAUGCAUCCUAUCCUGCAUCCUUUUCGCCCUCUUCGUCUCCACAGUCACCGCAGCGCCCACAAUCGCUUUCCCCUUCAACUCCCAAGUCCCCACCGUCGCGCGCGUCGGUCAGGAAUACCAAUACGAACUGUCGUCUUCCACCUUCACCAACAACCCCAUCGAUGGGAAUCUCACCUAUUCCCUCUCCGCGCAACCCGCAUGGCUCACCAUCGACCCAACUUCCGGAAGUCUGAGCGGAAAACCCGGCGCCAGCGACGCGGGCAAUCCCACUUUCCUCCUGACAGCAGCGGAUAGCACAGGCGCGGCACACCUCGAAUGUACACUCGUCGUCUCGUCCCAGCCGGCGCCGAGAAUCGCAACGCCGGCUUCCCUCGCCGAACAACUCGCUCGAGCGGCGAAUCUCUCCCAGACCUCCCCGGUGCCCGUCGUCACGCUGCUGCCCCAGACGGCUUUUGCGUGGGAUUUCCAGCAGUCUUCCUUCAUCGAUAUCGUGCAGCGGCGACUGUUCUACUACGCCACGCUGCGGGAUCAUACGCCUCUGCCGUCCUGGCUGCGCUUCUCCCCGGACACGUUGAGGUUUUCUGGUGACGCGCCUGAACUCAGCGCUUUCCCCCAGAGCUGGGGAAUUCUGCUGAUUGCGUCGGAUGUGGAAGGGUUUGCGGGGACCGAGGCACAGUUCACGGUUGCGAUCGGGACGGAACAGUUGGUGUUUGUCCCGGGGGAGGUGAAUGUCAGCCUUCCUGGUGCGGGGGGAGAGGUGGAUGUGACGAGCUUGGGAAGGAGUAUCUGGAGGAAUGGGGUGCAGGUUCACGCGGAGGAUCUGAGGAGCGCGAAUGUUCAAGGGAUGCCGAGUUGGUUGUCUUUUGAUGAGAAGACGCUGGAAUUGAAAGCCACGGUGCCGGAGGGAGGAGAUGUGGGAGGGAGUUUCACGGUGGCUGUUCAAGAUGACCUGGGGAAUCGCGCAAGUGUGGUGGUGAAUUUGGUUUCUGGCGAUGCGAACUCGACAGCGGCGACUACAGCAGGAGCGGCUGUAGGAGGACUGCCAACGACUGCGACAUCGAACGCGGCUCGUACUAGCGGUACAUGGCUAGCUUCGAGAGGAUCUUCGACGACAACCUCCUCCAGCACUUCCUCCUCAAGCGUGAUUCCCAGCGUCGGCCUCGAAUCAGCACGCUCAAAUCCCAAACGUCUAGACGGAGGCGUCAUAGCCGCAAUCGUAAUCCUCAGUAUCCUCGGAACACUUGUCCUCCUCGUAGCGCUCAUCUGGUGUCUCCGCCGCAGAAGGCGAGAUAGAAGCUACGUCUCCCGAUCGAAAUCGCCAACGCCGGAGAAGAAUACCAUCUCCCGUCCAAUAUUACCUCCUGGACCGAGCGAGACGAUUACAAUCACGACGGAGUUGCAGAGAGAUGUCGAGAAGAAUGCUGGUGCGGACCGGGAUACAGCUGCUGCAGCGACGGAAGGACCGGAAGUCCCGCCGAAAGGGAAGGCAAUUGACCCGCCGCCGCAAAUUCACCUGAAUCUGCCUCUGACUGGUACGUCUGCGUCUGCGGCGAACAACAGGACGUCGAGAUGGUCAAGACGAUUCUCGCGGAUCAGUCAGGUCUCGUCAAUUGGUGCGGGUGGGGACGAGAUGCUAAGACACGAUUCCAAUAUUCCGGAGUUGGGGGCAUCGGUCUUGCAUACGGCACACGAUAGCUUUUCCGUUCCGACGGAGAUGGCGAGGGUCUCAAGACACCUGUCGCAGACGUCGCCGAGUAAAACGGCACUGCAGAGGUUACGUGAGAAGCGACGUUCGAGAGACAGGGAUAGUGUUGGACUUGGGAUCUCGACUGUGAUAGGAGGUGGGAUUGCCAGGCAUUCGUCGAAGCGAGCAGGCAAGCAUCGGAGAGGAAGAAGCAGUUUCGGUGGCCUGUCGAUGACCCGAGAGGCGAGCAGUGUGGCAUCUUUGAAGACGUGCGGGACAAGUGUGCUUUCCACAAAGGCUUCCGAGUUCCCACUGCCGCCGAGAUCCACACAUUCCACUUCGCUCUCCGUCCCGACUUUGUCCAUUUUCGAAGCGGAUCCCAAGCGCAAGAGCAUUAGGCUGGUGGAGCGAAGUGAUAGUAUUGUGGAUAACAGGCCGAUCCAGGAUAAGAGACAGUCUUAUAUCAGGAAUCGCGCCAGUACAAAUUGGUCGCAAAGUCCGCUGUUUGCGCACGGCUCGAGAGCGGAGUCGAAGCAUACCACGGGCAGUGGCAGCCGAUCAGGGAAUGCUUCUUCGGCGGGUAGUGUGAGGCGCUCGAGGAGGUCAAAGAAUGGCAAGAGCAUGAACACGCUCGCGACAUACUCAGAAUCUUCUUCGCUCGAACCACAGAUGCUGGGCAGUCCGAGAAGGGCUCAAAGAAGAGAGCAGAAGAGGCUGAGCCAAAGAGUGAGGUCGGCUUUCCCCGAGAACUAUCCCCGAGUCAUCAGUCGGACUACGCUCGAUGACGAUACUCACGCGGGAAUGGAGAGGGACGACAGCUGGGAUACCAUUGGCAGCAAUGACUGGGUGAACGAGCUGUCCAGGCCGAGACAUGAGAGGAGUUGGGUGCUGCCGGACGAGGCAUCCCCAACACCACCCCCUGCUGCGAUGGCCUCAAGACAGCAAUCACGGUCAAGGAACAGCACGCCUUCAGCAGGCCUCGGAAAAGACUGGCGUAGACGGUUGCGGGAGAAGUCAUCGUCACCGCUCUCCUCUGUCAAGUUGGCGGCAGCAGAGAAAGCAUCGUCCCAAGCGCAGCCCAACUCGGCUCGCCAGAAGCGCCUGAGCGAGCCAAUGGGUCUUGUCAGCGUGGACAGCUUGAGUAAGGCCCGGCCCCGAAUUGCCCACACGAAGUCCAGACGGCCGGUAUCUGUGGAGGAGGUCCAGCGGCUGAGUAGCAUGAAAGCAGAGCAGGACACGGCGACGACCGCCGGGAGCGAACGGUGGGACGACAUUGACAGUGAAGGCGAGAUGGAGGGAGCCGGGCUGAUCUCGGCGCGUUCUGCCAGCAAGAUGGACACGGUGAAGUCGGCUCGGUCUGAUCUGAGUGGGCCUGCGUUUCUGUAG